AUGCCCACCAAUGGCCUGCAUCAGGUGCUGAAAAUCCAGUUUGGCCUCGUCAAUGACACUGACCGCUACCUGACGGCCGAGAGCUUUGGCUUCAAGGUCAACGCCUCGGCACCCAGCCUCAAGCGGAAGCAGAUGUGGGUGCUGGAGCCGGACCCAGGGGAGGGCACUGCCGUGCUGUUUCGCAGCAGCCACCUGGGCCGUUACCUGUCAGCCGAGGAGGACGGGCGUGUGGCCUGCGAGGCGGAGCGGCCGGGUCGCGACUGCCGCUUCCUGGUCCUGCCGCAGCCCGACGGGCGCUGGGUGCUGCAGUCAGAGCCGCAUGGCCGCUUCUUCGGUGGCACCGAGGACCAGCUGUCCUGCUUCGCCACGGCCAUCACCCCGGCUGAGCUGUGGACGGUGCACCUGGCCAUCCACCCGCAGGCCCACCUGCUGAGCGUGAGCCGGCGGCGCUACGCGCACCUGUGCCCGCAGGAGGACGAGAUUGCGGCCGACAGCAACACGCCGUGGGGUGUGGACGCGCUCAUCACGCUCAUCUUCCAGAACCGGCAGUACUGCCUCAAGUCCUGUGACAGCCGCUACCUGCGCAGCGACGGCCGCCUCGUCUGGGAGCCCGAGGCUCACGCCCGCUACACGCUUGAGUUCAAGGCGGGCAAGUUGGCCUUCAAGGACUGCGAUGGCCGCUACCUGGCACCUGUGGGCCCCGCGGGCACUCUCAGGGCGGGCCGCAACACACGGCCUGGCAAGGAUGAGCUCUUCGACCUGGAGGAGAGUCACCCGCAGGUGGUGCUGGUGGCCGCCAAUCACCGCUAUGUGUCCGUGCGGCAAGGGGUCAAUGUCUCAGCCAACCAAGAUGAAGAACUGGAUCACGAGACCUUCCUGAUGCAAAUUGACCAGGAGACAAAGAAGUGCACCUUCUAUUCCAGCACUGGGGGCUACUGGACGCUGGUCACCCAUGGGGGCAUCCAGGCCACAGCUACACAAGUUUCUGAGAACACCAUGUUUGAGAUGGAGUGGCGGGGCCGACGGGUGGCCCUCAAGGCCAGUAACGGGCGCUAUGUGUGCAUGAAGAAGAAUGGGCAGCUGGCAGCCAUCAGCGAUUUUGUGGGUGAGCAUACCCCUCCUGCCCUGGGGAGCCUGGGACUGGGCGCCACUCAAGCCCUUGUCUUGCCAGCAGGGGAGGACGAGGAGUUCACACUCAAGCUCAUCAACCGGCCCAUCCUGGUCCUGCGCGGCCUCGACGGCUUCGUCUGCCACCGACGUGGCUCCAAUCAGCUAGACACCAACCGCUCGGUCUACGACGUGUUCCACCUGAGCUUCAGCGAUGGCGCCUACCAGAUCCGAGGCCGCGGCGGCGGGUUCUGGCACACCGGCAGCCACGGCAGCGUGUGCAGCGAUGGCGAGCGCGCCGAGGACUUCCUAUUCGAGUUCCGGGAGCGCGGCCGCCUGGCCAUCCGAGCCCGGAGCGGCAAGUACUUGCGCGGCGGCGCCUCGGGGCUUCUGCGCGCGGACGCGGACGCGCCGGCUGGGGUCGCGCUCUGGGAAUACUGA